CUUACAGUAGCUUAUGCAAAGCUACUAUUUAAGGGCCCAAUGUCACAGUGGGUUUAUUAUUAAAGCAGUUGGCAAGUGCCUAAAAAAAGCUAAAGAAGCCAAAAGCUAGAAGAGAGAAAGGAGGAGAAUACUUGGAAUCUGGAUCCCCAAUGAAUCAUCAGCUUCAAAUAUCAUCAGAAGAAGAUGGAUCAUCAGAAGAAGAGGAGGAUGAAGAGGAAAUUUUUCAAAAAAAUGGAAUUGAGAACCUUGAUAGUCAUUGCCAAAACCAGAACUUACAGCAGCUGCCAAUGCCACUCUGCCCAAAACCAGCAAAAUGGGCUAAUUUCACAACAUAUAAAGAAGAAUUGAACAAAGUAACAAAAGGUAUGAAGCUAAAGAGAGCCAAACAAGAUGUGAUAGAAGUUGACAGAGGCCGAAUUAUUCGAGCCACGGGAAGAAAAGACAGGCACAGCAAAGUUUCAACUGCAAAGGGUCCGAGGGACAGACGAGUUAGGCUUUCACCAAACACUGCAAUUCAGUUCUAUGAUGUGCAAGAUAGGCUUGGCUAUGGCCGUCCAAGUGAGGCCAUUGAUUGGCUGAUUAAAAAAGCUAAAGCUGCAAUUGAUGCUCUUGGUGAGUUUCCUAAACUUAAUGCCAAAAUGCAGUAUUCAUUUGAUCAACUUCUAGAUGAAAGCAAGGUACAGAGCCCAAGAUUUAGACAACAGAAUUGUGGCAUUCCAAAUUCUGAAUGUGGAGUACUUCAGAACCACCAGCAGGAGGUGAAUUAUGACAUCCCAAUUCAGAAUGUGAGCUUGUUUUCGUCAGCUGAUGGUGCCAAGAUUCCAUUUUUCAGCGAGUUCCAGAGCCAUUUUCUCAAUUUCCAGUCUUUUCAAGAAGACACAAUCUUUUCUUCUAGUGAUCAUCAAGACAGCCUUUUAACCACUUCAAUUAAUCCUUUGGAUUCCAAUUCCAAUUUGGAAAUGACUAGAUAUAAAAGAAGUCUGAAUGGGAAUGUUGCCA